GCCUAGCUCUACGAUGCCGCUGUUUGCAGGGAUGCGCGUAGAGCAGGCACCUGCUGCUCGCUAAUGAUUCAGCCCCUUGCAGCCGCUGUCCGCUGCCGCCGCUGCUGAAACAGACCAGGAUGCUGUUACCACUGCCUGAGCUGCCGCUCCCCUCGCUGCCGCCGCCGCUGCCUCUGCCUCUGCCGCUGCCGCCUCUCCUGCCCCUGCGGCUGCUCCUGCUCUCAGGGUUUUGCCUUUUGCUCUUCCUGAAUGCCAGUUGUUUUCCUCCGCUCAGCAGACCCCAGCCUCAGAUGGUCCAGGUGAGAGCCCUGUCUUUUGCACUGGGCUACUGGUUUACUUAAUUGACCAGCGCCUGGCUGGUGUUUUGCUUUGCUUUCUCUUUUUUUCCCCUUGAUUUCCUCUUCGCCCUGUUUCAGAGCAGAGCCAGGAUGCUCAGAGGUAUUUACGGAAACUAGAAAAGUGGCCCAGGAGCAGACACUGGAUAAUUGCUUAAUCACUUUCCUUUCCCAGUUGUCAGGAAGAGUUUUUGCUUUUCUUCUUUUCCCCCGGUCAUUUUCUCCUCAACUCGUCCUGAUUUGGAUCAUGGUCUUGGCCAAAGACAACCUAUUGAUUUUCCCCUCUAAGAUGCUGUCUCAUUUUGUUGGGGGGGGCCCUGCCUGGUGGUGAGAGUCCAGGCCUCUUGGAAGUGAGCCUGUAGAGCCGGGAGCUUCAGACAUGUCGGAGGGAGCUGCAGAGAGUUGUCCCAGCCCCUCCUCUGAGCUGAGUCCAGAUCCAUCUCUGGAUGGGCUCCCCUCAGCUGAGGCAAUGCCAGGGGCCCAGGCUGAGGAUGGGGGAGAAGGGGCCAUUGUGGGCCUGGCCAUCCCCUGCUGUGUCUGUCUGGAGGCUGAACGACUGCGGGGCUGCCUCAACUCUGAGAAGAUCUGCAUUGUGCCCAUCUUGGCCUGCCUGGUCAGCCUUUGCCUCUGCAUCGCUGGUCUCAAGUGGGUGUUUGUGGACAAAAUAUUUGAGUAUGACACCCCUACUCACCUCGAUCCAGGAAGGAUAGGCCAGGACCCUAUUACUGCUGUGGAUCCUACUGCUGCCUCUACCAUCUGGGACUCCUCAGAGGCUUACCCCUCACCUUCUUUCCCUGGGGACCACCGGGAAGCCAAGGGCCAAGUACAGGGUGUUACAGUGCAGGGCGGCAGUUCCCGAGUGCCCUCUGACCCUUUGGCACCACCAUCCCCACAGAACCCUUCAUUAGCCUUCUCUCUGCUGCCUUCUGCUGCACCCUCCUUUCCUCUACCCACCCAGGACUCUGAGGGAAAAGCACCUAUGACAGCAUCACAGCCACCAACCACUGAAACGAAUCUCCAAAGUGCUACAAAAGUUUCCACCUCAACAUCCACAGCUGGAACGAGCCAUCUCGUCAAAUGCGCUGAGAAGGAUAAGACUUUCUGCGUGAAUGGGGGAGAGUGCUUCAUAGUGAAGGAUCCAUCAAACCCCUCCAGAUACUCGUGCAAGUGCCCAAAUGAGUUUACUGGUGAUCGUUGCCAAAACUACGUAAUGGCGAGCUUCUACAAGCAUCUUGGGAUUGAAUUUAUGGAAGCUGAGGAACUCUACCAGAAAAGAGUGUUGACCAUCACUGGCAUCUGCAUUGCCCUCCUGGUGGUUGGCAUCAUGUGUGUGGUGGCCUACUGCAAAACCAAGAAGCAGCGAAAAAAGCUUCAUGACCGGCUGCGGCAGAGCCUUCGUUCGGAACGCAACAAUAUGGUGAACAUGGCCAAUGGGCCUCACCACCCCAACCCGCCUCCAGAGAAUGUGCAGCUGGUCAAUCAGUACGUAUCCAAGAACAUCAUCUCUAGUGAGCAUGUCAUUGAACGAGAGACAGAGACAUCAUUCUCCGCUAGUCAUUGCACCUCACCAGCUCAUCACUCCAUGGCUGCCACCCAAACACCCAGCCACAGCUGGAGUAAUGGGCACACAGAAAGCAUUGUCUCUGAAAGCCACUCUGUGCUCGUGAUUUCAUCCAUAGAAAACAGUAGGCACACCAGCCCAGCUGGGGGGCCUAGAGGACGUCUUAAUGGCAUGGGAGGUCCCCGAGAUUGUAACAGCUUCCUCAGGCAUGCCCGAGAGACCCCUGAUUCCUACCGAGACUCUCCUCACAGUGAAAGAUAUGUAUCAGCAAUGACUACCCCGGCUCGCAUGUCACCCGUAGAAUUCUACAUGCCAAGCUCCCCUAAGACACCUCCUUCUGAAAUUUCUCCACCCAUAUCAAGCUUGACAGUGUCCAUGCCGUCUGUGGCAGUCAGCCCCUUUGUGGAAGAAGAGCGACCUCUGCUCCUGGUGACACCUCCGCGCUUUCGCGAGAAGAAAUAUGAUCACCACCCCCAACAAUUCAACUCUUUUCACCACAACCCGGUCCAUGAGAGCAAUAGCCUCCCCCCUAGCCCUUUAAGGAUCGUGGAGGAUGAGGAGUAUGAGACUACCCAGGAGUAUGAGACCACCCAGGAGUAUGAGCCAGCGCAAGAGCCCACAAAGAAACCCGUCAACAGCCGGCGGACAAAAAGAACAAAGCCCGAUGGCCAUAUUUCUAACAGGUUGGACAGCGACACAAGCUCUGAGAGCAGUAACUCGGAAAGUGAAACAGAAGACGAAAGAAUAGGCGAAAAUACCCCUUUCCUGAGUAUACAGACGCCGCUGGCCGCUGGCUUAGAGUCAGCCCCUGCCUUCCGCCUGGCUGACAGUAGGACUAACCCAACCAGCCGCUAUUCCACUCCGGAGGAAUUCCAGGCCAGGCUGUCCAGUGUAAUGGCUAAUCAAGACCCUAUCGCUGUAUAAAACCGAAAUAAACACAUAGAGUCACGUAUAAAACUUUAUUUUAUAUAACGAAGUAUUCCACCCUAAAUUAAACAAUUUAUUUUAUUUUAGCAGUUCUGCAAAUAGAAAACAGGAAAAACUUUUAUAAAUUAAAUCUAUGUAUGUAAAAAUGUGUUAUGUGCCAUAUGUAGCAAUUUUUUACAGUAUUUAAAAAUGAGAAAGAUAUCAAUGGUGCCUUUAUGUUCUGUUGUUAUGUUGAGAGCAAGUUUGUCCAGUUACAGUGAUUGCUGUUCCACAGUAUUUCUGCAAAAUUUCCCAUGGUCAGUUUUCCUGGCUUCUUGUACAUUAUAUCAUCAUGUUGAAUGGAUGUAGGAUCCGUAAGACUUAUCACUGUUCCUCCCUUGGCUUAUAGUCAGAGCCCAAGUGAGUAAGACUUAUGUUGGUUCACCAGUCUAGGUACCAUCCUCCUUUGGUAGGAAGUUUUCUUUGCUAUCAGACUUUACAAUGAGUUAUGUCUACUUUGUUGACCAAAGGCUUGUUUCAUUGAGCAUGGAAAUAAUAGUAGGUCCAGCAGCAUGCUACUAAGAAUUAUAGGAGAAAACUGCAUCAAGUCACAUUCAAAGGCAGGAAAGAAUCUUAUAAUUUAAAACAUUAACAAAUGAACGUUAUUAUUAUUUAGAAGGAAAGUUAUUCUUACUGAGACCUAUCCCUUCUUUCCUUCCUUCCUUCCUUCCUUCCUUCCUUCCUUCCUUCCUUCCUUCCUUCCUUCCUUCCUU